AUGGAUCCCCGAUCCUAUACGCCAACUAAUGUGACCGAUAACGGUGUCGACAGUAACGGUACGGUACCGUUACCGCCGUUGGACGCACUCGAGUGGCCGUUACAGAUGUUUCUCAUAGGUCUAUACUCGACAACUGCCGGACUAUCGUUUUCAGGUAAUAUCGUUACAAUUGUAGUCCUAUUGAAAGGCAAACGCUGUGCCAAAGAUGUCCGCAAAUUUUUGAUCAACUUAUCGGUGGCCGACAUCGGAAUGUCGCUGUUUUCCAUACCGUUUACUUAUACACUAUACAUGUUUGGCCACUGGAUAUUCCCGCCAAUUAUGUGUCCGAUUGUCAACUUUGUUCAAUUGACAGCACUUGUCGUUUCUGUCUAUACAUUGGCGGCCAUCGGUGUCGACAGAUAUUUUGCAAUUGUUCAUCCAUUGCGUGCAUCGGUUUCGUGGUUCAAAUCUCAUCGGACACUAGUUAUAUGCUGUAUAUGGCUGACCGGCAUAUCAAUAGGCUGUACACAACUGUUUAUUAGUGAAUCAAAACCGUUUACAUACGGCGAUCGGGAGCUAUACGAUUGUCGCGAAACAUGGGCUCAGGGAUCUAAUUCUGGAAAAAUCUAUACGAUUAUUGUGUUUUGCUUGACAUUUAUACUGCCGAUGAUUGUCCUCAGUUUUGUCUAUACAUUGAUGGGUUGUGCACUAAUCCGACACCAUAUGCCCGGCAAUGAGACUAUUCAACAACAGUUUGCAUCAAAAAGGAUCAAGGUCAUCAAAAUGUUAUCAACAGUAGUAUCACUGUUCAUCAUAUGCUGGCUUCCCAUACAGAUAUUUGGACUGUUAGUCUGGUUCUACCCGACCUGGAUAUUACAAUACGAAACUAGACUACAGUACUAUACAUUUGUCGGCAUGUAUUUCUUUUGUCACUGGAUAUCAAUGGCGCACAGACAAACAAACGGUCUGAGUAUGCAUUCGCUGCAGUCGAUGGCCAACCCUAACAAUAAUAAUAAUAAUAUGAAAAUUAACAAGAGGUCGACCCUAGUUAACGGUAACAUUGCUUGCAUUGAUAGACAACGUAGUGAUUACAAUCGUUUUAAUAAUGAUAACUAUAUUAACAAUAAAAGCGAUGACUAUAAUAGCGUCUCAAAUACGCUAACCAUAUCUUAUGUGUAA